GGUGAAGAACAGAACGAUUGAACGCCGGAAACUGGGAGAGGAGGGGAUUAAGCCUACGAAUUUCCACGCCAUCAUGUGGAAUAUCUCCUGCUUGUUUGAUUCGAUCCUCUAUAUAAACUGGAGCGACGAGCGCUGGCUUCAUCGUCCCACCCCCUUGGCCCGAUCUAACAGGUAUUGUUGCCUCCUCUUCUCCUCCGCAGAAACAGUUGGUGAUUCUUUGUGUGCAAAUCUUGGUUGCACGAUCUGAGAUCGACUGCCUUGGUGGUGUUUAUCGUGUCUUGUGUCGAUUGGUUUGCGAAGGUACCUGGGUUUGAUGCUCUGAGUGGAUUCCAAGAACUCAUUCAUUGUCUUGAGUUUUGUUUAUUGACUUUGAAUGGCACUUUCUUGAGUCUCAUUCGUUGCCUACUGUCUUGCGCGCUAUGCACGAUGCUGAUUUCUAUCGACGUGGGCGAAUGGUGCUGAUUUCACCUGCGGCUAUUAAACCAGAGGCAUUUUCAAGAAAAUUAUCGUUUUGUAUUUUGCAAUGGUUCGCCAUUUAGUUGGUGACGCGUCAUCUGAAGAAGCACAAAAUGGGACUCCUGUAGGAAGAUUAACUGCACUUUCGUAUGGUGCUGGUCACAUGCUAAAUGAUAUCACGUCAGCAUGUUGGUUUACUUAUUUGCUGUUGUUCCUGACAGAUAUAGGACUAAGUCCAAGGGAUGCAGCCAUUGUCAUGCUAUCUGGCCAAAUUGCUGAUGCCUUCACUACAGUAUUUGCUGGAGAACUGAUAGACUGCUUCGGGCACUUCAAACUAUGGCAUGCUGGAGGAUCUUUUCUGGUUGCUGUCUCUUUCUCUUCUGUAUUUGGUAGCUGCCUCUUCUGUAAAAUCAUAGGCAGUAACUCGCCUACACUGCAAACUAUUGGUUACAGCAUUUUUGCUGCAAUUUUCAACGUGGGUUGGGCUGUCACCCAAGUUUCACACAUGUCCAUGGUGAAUUGCAUCACUCUUGAUCCAACAAGCAGAGUUGCACUUGCAAGCUGUCGAAAUGCCUUCACGAUGGUAGCCAAUCUCAGUCUCUAUGCAGUUGCUUUAUGUGUUUUCAGUGUUUAUAAUUCCAGAGCCUCUGCUGACAUCAAGAUUCAGUACCGCUGGAUUGCAUACUUGUCCAUUUUCAUUGGAUGCUUCUUUGUGGUCUUAUUCCUUGUUGGUGUCAAAGAACCACGGUUGAAGCAGGAAAUCCAAUGCAAAAAAAUUUCCAGGAUCUCAUGGGCCCACUGGUUCAAGAAAAUACUCUACUAUCAAGUUGCACUUGUUUAUACACUCACUCGGCUAGUGACAAAUGUUUCACAGGCACUGCUUGCUUUUUAUGUCACUAAUGAAUUGGGCAUGAGCGAUUCAUCAAAGGCUUUGGUGCCUGCUAUUAUCUAUAUUUGCAGCCUUCUGGUGUCUGUCAUUCUGCAGGAGAUCAGAUGGUCUGGGUGGCGUCUUAAGUUCUUCUUUACUGCUGGAGCCAUCUUGUGGGUGUUCUCCGGUGCAGGAAUAUUUGUUCUUCCACCUAGCAAGCACAACUAUAUAUACAUACUCUCAAUAAUUGUUGGUGCUGCUAAUGCGUUGAUGACGGUGACUGGAAUUAGCAUGGAAAGUACCCUGGUUGGUGAAGAUCUAAACGGAUGUGCUUUCGUUUAUGGAUCACUAAGUUUUCUAGAUAAAUUGUCAUGCGGCCUUGCUUUAUAUGCUCUCGAGUCAUAUGAAGGUUCAUCCGAUGUCAGUGUCAAUUACUCGAUUACAAGAUAUGGUAUCGGAGCAGUUCCUGCUGCUUGUGCUCUUCUUUCUGCUGUCGUCACGUAUACGAUGAAACUUACGGACUCCUCUUCCAUUCCUUUGGUUGAACCUUUGAUUGCAUAAUGCUGGCGAAACCAGAAGUACGGGUGCUGCCUAAAUGUUCUCCACAGAUAGAUACUUCUUCGAUUGCUGAUAAGGAAUAAGAAAAGGAAACCUUAUAUUUUGUUCAAUUAUAAUAGAGAGUUGAAAGGUUGGAGAAGAGAGAUUCUUUUAGGACAGCAUUCUACUCCGCGUAGAAUCUUCCUAAUAAACAUGAUAGAUGCAUGGGGUGGCCGCUUCUAGCAGGAAUAGAUGCCUGCAGAUGAUUGUAACUUAAAAACGUAUUUCAUUUGUUACUGCACAUCGAUCAUCUAUACAGUAAAUAUUAUUUCCAACUUCCGGGAACGAUGGGAAGUUGUA